GGGAAGGGAUGGGAGGGGUGGGUGGCACAGGGGCUUUUGGGGUACCCAUGUGCUCUGGGAGCUGUACAGGAGUGAGGGGACGGCCAGGCUCACAGAUCAGCAGCGCUGAGUGCCCCAUGGGCCCCCUAGCCCUGUCCCGCCCCAAGGCCCUGCCCUCACUGAGCCUGUCCCUCCCAGCCCAGCCCGGAGUGGCUACUGGGGACAGAGGUGGCAUGCGGAGCCUCGAGUCCCCGAGGUCCGGCUCCACCGGCCCCGGCAUGUCCCACACCUCGGCCAGCGGGGCUGAGCCAGGACCAUCCUGCACGGCCUCCACCUCCGUGGUGCUGGAACCAUCCCCGGCAGUUCCCCCAAACCCAGGGCGACCGCUGAGCCUGAGCUGAGGCUGACCCCCCCCAGCCCCGAGGGUCUGGCACUGCCAGCCCAGCCUAGGCUGGGCACAGCCAAGCGUGGCCUGGCCAGAUGGGCGCUGGACAAGGCCGGUACGAGGCCUGGAGCCGCCUGUGGCCCCACUCCGGGGCGGUUCCACUGCAGGGCUGAGCGCGGCGUCCCGGGGGAGCGGGACGAGCCCCGGCCCCGCGCCCGCUCAGCACCGGCCGGGCCUGCCAUUGGCUCCGGCGGGAGCGCUGACCGCCAGCCGCCUCCGAACUAUUUCCUGUUGCUGCAGCGUUAAUGCUGAACAGACCUUGCUCUCUCUUCCCUCGCUUCAGCCAAAGUGCAGCGACUCUGCCGGUAUUCACUGGCCUUCCCACCCCGAUGCCAAGCAUGUGCCGUCCCUGGAGCCGCUGAGAACUGCCAGGGACAGGAUGGAGAGUCGCCGGAGGGACAUGGAGCUGCUCAGCAACAGCAUGGCCGCGUACGCCCACAUCCGAGCCAACCCCGAGAGCUUCGGGCUCUACUUUGUGCUGGGCGUCUGCUUCGGGCUGGUGCUCACCCUGUGCCUGCUGGUGCUGCGCUUGUCCUGCCGGCCCUCCCCGCGGCCCCCGGCGCGCCCCGGCGACCUCAGCGAGGACGACGAGGACGAGGACGAGGAGGACGAAGAGGACACCGUCGACCGCGCAGCGUCUGAAUCGCUGCUGCCGGUGACCGAGAUCCCGCUGGAGGGCCACGGCCCCGGGGACGGGGCGCUGGCCGUGAAUGUGUUCGCGUCGGCCGAGGAGCUGGAGCGGGCGCAGCGGCUGGAGGAGCGUGAGCGCAUCAUCCGCGAGAUCUGGCGCAACGGGCAGCCCGACAUCCUGGGCUCCGGCACCGUCGGCACCCUGGGCCGCGUCCACUACUACUGAGCCCGGCAGCUGCCCUGGCACGGGCUCUGCUCCCGCGCCACUGGACCCACACCGUGCCAGGAGGGACCAGGAGGACAGCGGGGCUGCUCGCUGCCCCUGAGCUGGCGGAGCUGCCUUAGACUGUCCCUGCAGCACGGAGAGACAGACCCCGAUGUCACGGGCACCCCCGGGGCUGGACUUGCCCCAGCCACUGUGGGACACGAUGCACUUUGAGCCAUUGGUACGACGGCUGGCACCAGCCGAGCAGCCCCAGGACACGCGGGGAAGGGACAGGACAGAGCAGCCUUUCCUGCCCGGCUCAGCCGGGAUCUGCCGGGGGUUUCACCCCGUGGGGCACGGCCGGGCUGUGCGUCCGUGUGAGCCGUGGGCCCCUGCCCCACAAACAUGGUGCUGUUCUACACGAACUAGAGCCCAGCGUGACGGGUCUGGCGUUUUGGGGGGCCCUGUACACAGGGACGGUCUCGGCCCCUCCCCGAGCUAAUUUCUUUCCCGGCCCCACUAAAAUUAGCCGGGUCUUUUCCGGCACCGCCCGCCGUGACCCAACGCCCUGCGGUCGGACCGAGGCGGAUGUUCCUGCUGGACUUUGGGCCGGCCACUGCUCCCCAGGGAUGCGGCAGCUCCCGCCGGGCUGGGCUGCAUCCUGCCCCACUCAACAGCCCCGCGGGGUGCCAGGCCCCCCUUCCCCUGCAGCUUUAUAAAAAUAGCUCCUUCCCAGGCUGGAUCCCCCCCCCCGCCGCCAGCGCCAGCAAGAUCCAAAUGUUUUCCAGAUGUUCUCCAAUGGCUGGAAGCCAGGAUGGGCUGGGGCUGGGACUGGAGCUGGCCUGGGAAACUGUGCGGGAGUGGAGGCGGAGGAGGGAGAGCUGGAGGGAGAGAAGGAGGAGACCCUUCCCCAACCCUGCCCUGGUGGGACUCCUUGUGCCACGGUGAGAUGCUUUGUGCCCGGCAGGACCAGCCCAGCCCUUCAGGGGCAUGGCAGCCAACAGCAGAGCCCUGAGCAGCCCCCACACAACACUCUGUACCCAAAACAGUUUAUUUUAAACAAUUCUAUAGAUCCA